CAGCUAUAGUACUACCGGAACAUUGUGUUACUUUGUGGCUUCUUUCCAAGGCCUGUUCGUAUGUUUUCCACUAAACCGCCCUCCCCCUCGCAGUUCCCUCCGCCUUCUUCCUAGUGUAAUUUCAAUUCUCCCCUCCUUAGGGCUCACACUCGUGUUUUGAUCUUCACUAAUGUCGGGGGGUUUGAGUGUAAAAAAACUACCGGCAGAACAUUCAGUACCCUGUUUUGUUAUGAGAGGGCGGGUUUGAAAUCAGCAGCAUAGGGUGCUUACUUGCGUUGCAGAGCUAGCGGUGAUAUACCGGCUGAAGUUAGCACGAAAGCAGCACACGAGCACUCAAAAGAGACAAAAGACAAAAUAUAAAUAGGGUUAGAGUGGCAUUCUCAGGUGCCGAUAUGACCACAGAUAAGGAUCAGUCCAUGGAUGACCAGUCUCCUGCUGUGGUCUUUGCCGUUAAGGGCAUUGACGUCACUCCUAACAAAGACGAGGGAAUUUGCAAGGUGGUGAAAAAACAGGGAGAGGAUGGAGACAGACCCAUGAUCGGGGACAAGGUAGCAGUGCACUACACUGGCAAACUUCUCAAUGGGAAGAAGUUUGACUCCAGUAUGGACCGCAAGAAACCCUUCAUCUUCAAUCUGGGAAAAGGUCAGGUGAUUAAGGGCUUGGAUAUUGGUGUGUCCUCUAUGCAGAGAGGAGAGGUGUGCAUGCUCCUCUGCAAACCAGAAUAUGCUUAUGGUUCAGCUGGAUGCCCCCCCAAAAUACCUCCCAAUGCCAUGCUACAGUUUGAGGUGGAGCUGCUGAGCUUCAAAGGGGAGGUGCUGACGGACGAUGGCGGCAUCACGAGGAGGAUAAGGGUCAAAGGGGAAGGUUAUAAUAGUCCCAAUGAUGGAUCAACUGUCCACGUGCACCUGGAGGGUCGCUGUGAAGAGCGUCUGUUUGACUCCAGGAACGUGCACUUCGUUGUGGGCGAGUCAGAGGACAUGGGUGUUCCUCUGGGUGUAGACAGAGCCAUGGAGAAGAUGCAGAAAGGAGAAUGCUGCAUGCUCUACUUAAAACCCAAGUAUGGCUUUGGGAAAGAUGGUAGAGCACAGCAUAAGAUUGGACCAAACUCAGACCUGAUGUAUGAAGUGACUCUAAAUGACUUUGAGAAGGCCAAAGAAUCCUGGGAAUUGGAUCUAAAGGAGAAACUGGAUUUGUCUGCUAGAGCCAAACAGAAAGGGACCCAAUAUUUCAAGGCAGGGUGUUUCCUGCAGGCGGUGGUCCAAUACCAGCGUAUUGUGUCGUGGCUCGAGAUGGAGUUUGGUGUAGGGAAGGAACAGCAGCAGACGAUCCAGAACUUCCUACUGGUCGCCCAGCUCAACCUGGCAAUGUGCUACCUGAGGCUGAGAGAGUAUGCACUGGUUGUGGAGAACUGCAACAAGGUGAUCGAAGUGGAUGGGAAGAAUGAGAAGGCUCUGUACCGGCGUGGGGAGGCUCGUCUCUUCCGUAAUGAGUUCAGCCUGGCCAUGUCUGACUUUAAACUGGUGCUGCAGGUCAACCCCUCCAACCGGGCGGCACACGGUCAAGUCUCUAUCUGUCAAUGCAAAAUCCGGGAACACCAUGAAAGGGACAAGAAGAUCUAUGCCAACAUGUUCCAGAAGUUUGCUGAACAUGACGUCAAGGCAGGGAAGGGGAAGAGGAGGUGGGGGGAGGACAGUGGAGUGAUGAACGAGAACCAUCAAGUGGCAAUUAAGAGACGCCGCAGGAGUCAGGACCACGGCCAGGACUGUCCUUGAUGCUCCCGAGGAGGCCAGGGGGGCAGGUCUCCCCUCGCUACGCACACAGAGGCAGGGACCAGACGGGGCCAGACCACACCCCUCUACCCUGACCUCAUCAUCCCCUACCUACCCCCCACCAUAUGUGCUGUCCCCUGCACGACAGACAGGGGGCGCGAGUGAGUGGGGAAGGCUGCAGGCCAAACAGCAUUCCUUCUUUCAGUCCAUAACAUGGAAUCCAGUCCAGGUCUAGUCCUGAACCUCUUGCAUUGCACAAUGCCUCCAAAUGCAUUUACAUUUACAUUUAAGUCAUUUAGCAGACGCUCUUAUCCAGAGCGACUUACAAAUUGGUGCAUUCACCUUAUGACAUCCAGUGGAACAGUCACUUUACAAUAGUGCAUCUAAAUCUUAAAGGGGGGGGGGGUGAGAGGGAUUACUUAUCCUGCACACCUCAACUUAACUCAAACCCACAGUCUGCAUUCUGAUGUUGAUAAUCAAAUAUCAUUUUGCCAUUGCAUUUUCUCGUUUGGCACAAUACAGAUGAGCAACAGGUAUCAUUCUAUUUUGGUAGCUUCAGUCUAUUGGUUGAGUUGGCUGGGGUUGCCUUGCACCUUGUGCUUAGUCACAAUUGUAAUCCUCAAUAUACAUAAUUUGGCAAUGUGGAAGUGGUGACACUGUGCCACUAUAACAGACAAAACAGCUGGCGUCAUCGUCACUUAAUUGUCAUAACACCCACAGUCCCAGAAGACUACUUAUGUUAAGACAAUGAGUCAUACAGUUUAUUUGCAGUGAUUAAAGAACCCUCCCACUCUUUACUCUUGAACAUGGAGAACUAACAAGUACAGGCUCAUCCCAGAUAGACCCUUGCAUGGUACAGAUGCUACAUACUGUUCUGUGUGUGCUACUCUCGUUGACUGCCCAAAUCAAUGUCCAAUAAUGAAGCUUUAAGUCUCAGCUUUCCAAGCUGCUGUCCAGUCCUCUCUGACUUCAACCUUGCAUUCUCUCCUGGACAAAUGAUUUUUUCACAGUACACUGUUUGAAUUUAAAUUAUGUGACUGAUAAUAUCUAGGGCCGGUUUUUAUUUAACCUUUAUUUUGACAGGGAGUCGUGCUGGGACCAAGGUCUCCCGUAAUUACCAAAAAGGUUCUAGUCUCGUAGUUCUCUUCCUCCUCAGUCCUGGAAUGGGUGGCUGUACUGUCUGACUUGUCUUAUUUCCUUUUAAUAAAAGAGUGUUAAAUUAUGGACAAGGAUGCACCUCGAUCUUCAGCUAAGAUUGUAAAAUCACCGAUGUUGUCUUUUAAUGAACAAUAACACUCAAUGACGCCUUGGAUAAAAUCUGGGCUUUCGUUUUUUUGCAUUCAUUGGACAUCUGCCCUUGGUUGUCUUAAUGAUUUUAUGAUUGUUAAACAAAAUAAGGGAGGCUUAUUCUCUCAAUAUAAAAAGAAGCCAUUGA